AUGCAAUUCAACUUCUUCCAUCUUCUUAUUCUCGCCGUUUUGGCCGUUGCCUUCAUCACUCCAGUUCAUUCUGCUCCAUUCAGCGAGCAAGAGCUUGAGGCUCUCGUCGGUCUUCAAGAGAAGGUCACUGAUUAUUUGGGCUCAUCUAACUUGAGCCCAGCUCAAAAGAAGGAGAUCGAGGACAUCAUGGCCAAGAAGGAAGCUGCGAUCAAGAGCAGCUUCGGAAAAUAA